UAAAAAUAAAGCUCAUUCGAGAAAGCUUUCAAGUUUUAAAAAGAAGAAAAAAGAGGGAACGUUUGUGAAAAAAGUUGUCGCGAGAAAGAAAGACCAGAAGAAAGAUCCACAUGACAGAAAAACUAAAAAAAGAAAGAAGAUGUUUGCAAGGGGUCAUCACACGAAAGAGACUCCACUAAAGUCUAACCAUGUUAAAGUAGAGCUACUAGAAGGGUCUGGAGUAGGAAAAAAUAAUAACAUUAUGCUUGGAGCAGCUAUUCCUAAGCAAUCGAGAAAAAACUCCACGUUUUCUAAGAACGAUUCAAAUGCAGGCAGUGCUAAAGCAUUCGAUAAGAAAGUGUUACCAGAUCACAAAAAUUUAACAUCCUUGAAUUUAACACAUGUCAGCUUGCCACCAACGAAAAAAGUUGUCAUUAAUCCUGAAACUGGCACUAAAACUCACUUUUACAAAGUUGCUCAAGAUGAUACCACAGGUUUCAUGGAAGGCAACGAUAAGAAGAUUACUAAAGUGAAAGACAAUCUUCAACAUGGGGUUAAAAGCAAAAUGUUGAAAAAAGAUCACAUUGGAAUUCUAAAUGGUACAAAUUUGUCCUAUAUAAAGGCAAAAGUUCAAACUCCCAGAGCAGAGAUGAAACAUGUGCAGAACGUUACAAAGUCACAAAAUGAAACCCAAAGUUUCUUGUCAACGAUCCACAAUAACUCUGAUGUUGCCAUGAAAAUGAAUGAACUCAGAAAUCCACUGCUUCAUCAUAUUCAAAAUGUCAGUAGUAACCAGGACAUUGUUCAGUUUUCUGCCGAGUCCCAUAAACACAAAUCAAAAGUGCAUCAUCGCCAUCAUCAUGUUGGACACAUGAAUCCAGAAGAUAUAGGAGACUCGGACUUCGAUAUCUUAAUGUCUAAUGAUAUUCCUCGCAAGCUGAAGAAAGAAGGCAAGGAAAAGGCAUCGAAGAAAAAAGUUGAGAAAAAGAAGAAAAAGAAGACUGCCAAGAAUAAGAAAGUUGUCGUUGGUGAAGAUGUCAGUGAGGAUGAGGACGACGAGACGGAGAAGAAAUCUAAACCGAGGAAAAAGAAAGAGAAAACAACUCAUCAUAAACAUCACAAGUCUAAAGACAAAAGUAAUGAAGAACCAUGGUUCAAGGGUCAUAUCAAAUAUAUCAAGAAGAUUAAAAAGAAGAAGCCGAACCAUGACACUGAAGAUGAAAACAAUGAACGAGAGGUGACAAAGAAACAUGAGAUUGUACAUCACCAUCACCAUCAUCAUCAUCAUCAUCAUCAUCCUACCGAAUCGAAUGAUAAUGAUGACAAUGAAAAGGAUGAACCAAAGCACCAUAAGAAAGUACAGGAAGAUGAAUACAAAGAUGACGACGAAGAUGGAUAUGUAGUAAACCAUCAUAAUCAACGGAAGCACCAUGUAAUACAUCACCAUGAAAAGAUGGAGCCUCAUCAUAAAAUACAUCAUAAGUUUAACGAGAACGAAAGUGGUGACGAUGGUGGUAAUAAUGACAAUGAGAAGGAAGUGAAGAAACCUUAUCAUGUCAAGUUUGUCCAUCAUGAAGAUGAUCAAGACGAAGAACAAGACGUUGAAGUUCAUCACAAACCCAAAUAUCGCGAGAAAAGUUACCAUAAUGAUGAAGAAAUAAAUACAAGAAUAAUCAAGAAGCGUAAAAAACAUCACCAUUUCCAUCACAAGGAUGAGGAUGAAGAAGAAAAUGAUGGUGACGAAGAGGCUCGUCAUAAAAUCUUUAAUCGUAAACAUCACCCACACACAUAUCAUUAUAAGAGCGGCGAUUAUGAUCAACGCGGGGAGCACAAUGAAGUUGAUAAUGGUCGUUAUCGUCACCGUUUCCACCAUCCAGUCAAACAUUGGCGUCAUUAUGAAGGAGAGCAUCAUUGGCACAUCAAGCAUCCUUUUCAAAAGACCCGUGUAUUUCUUGGUGAAGAUGCUGAAGGUGAUGAUGAUGAUGACACUGAUGAUAGAAAUUCACAAAAACACAGCAAGCACCGUCAAUACGAAGACAACUGGGAAGACAGUAGAAAAGAGAAAUGGAGGAAAGAAGAAAGAGAGAAAAAGUACAAAAGUGAGGAAAAAAAGGAAAAGCUUAUGAAUGAAUACGAAAAUAGGUUGAGAGAUCACAAGGAAUACAAGCAUAAAACCCAUAAAGAUUUCGAAGGAAAGGAAAGCUAUGAGGAUGAAAGCCAUUGGAAACAUAAACACAGAGAGUCUGAUAGGAACUACGCUUCGUAUGAAGACGAAGAAACAAAUAAGAAACAUCAUCCCUUUGGAAGAGAACGCUACGAGGAAUGGAACGAGCAUGGUGAGCCAAGACCUUGGGAAAAAGAAAGUGGAGACAAAUUUGGGUCUCAUGAAUGGAAAGGAAAGGAACAUGAAUACGAGAAUUUUAAACAUAAAAAAUUGCACGAUGGUGAAGAGGAGUAUUUUGGAUCUUCGCGUUAUCGCAACAGACCUUAUGAGGAACAUGAACCAUUCCAACCAUGGGAUGAGAAGAAACACGAGGAGCACAAAACGUUCAACCGACCAUGGUCUGACCACGAAGGUCAACAAGAUCAUUAUGAGCACGAAGGUCAACAAGAUCAUUAUGAGCACAGUAAUGAAAAAGAAUGGAUUCCUCCCUGGAAACAGCAUAAAUGGAAUAGUCACAACCAGUGGGAAGACAAUCCUAAUGACCAUUACAGACCAAAAGAUGAAGGCAAAUGGAUGGAUAAAAUGCACUCUUUUGGUAGUCAACCCAAGAGUACUCCAUGGCCAAUGAACAAAGAAACAACAUAUAACCCAUACCACCAAAGUACCCUUCCUUACCAAACAGCCUGGAACUCUGGUACUAGUAAACCCCAACCCUACAGACCCACCCAGUCCGGGACUAAAUCCAGUCAAGGACCAAAUGUCAAUCCAUGGAAUCAAAAUUAUGCUGGGAAUGUUGUAGAUGAAAAGAAUGAAAGAAGUGAUAUAGCUCGCAAGCCACCACAAAAUCCUGUCAUGCCGUAUAAUAACAUGAUUCCUAAUGUAACACAGGGAGUGAUUGGUGUGGGUGUGAACUCCCAACCGAUACCGCAAGGACAGAACGACUGGAAUAGUGGACCAGGGCAAGUAAGAGGUUCUAAUCAAAGCCCUUUAAAUCAGGGUUUACCUGUAAACAAGGGCAUUCAAGGAAACCAGGGUUUCCAGGGCAACCAGAGAAACCAAAACAACCAGGGUAUCCAAGGAAACCUGGGCAACCAAAACAACCAGGGUUUCCAAGGAAACCAGGGCAACCAAAACAAUCAGGGUAUCCAAGGAAACCAGAUGAUGAAUAAAAGCAUGAAUAGCCCUUCCUGGCCUGGAAACAAUAACAAUAAUAUCCAAAACUUCCCAAGUAUGUUGCAAAGUCCUAAUCAAAUACAGGCGCCUCAAGUUAAUGCCGUAAACCCAAAUAUGGCUGGGAAUUCUCAACAACCUGCAAAUACCAAUCCUAAUCAGCCUAACGGGUUUGUGAAUACAAAUGGUGCUAGUGGAGGCCCUAACAAUGUUAACCAACCAACAGUGAAAAAUGGACUUCCAACUAGAAACCUGAAUACGUUAAAGGGAUUCUUUCGCAAUGAAACCGUAGGUUCGAGUGGCUCAAGUCUUAUAGGGAAUCAAAUGCCACCUACCGUUGGUCAUCCACCUCCACCUCAGAGCUCAUUGCCACCACCACCACCUCCGCCACCGCCGCCGCCGCCAGUUACGACUGCAACAAAACCGACGACUACUCCCACCACGGUCCCCGUUACAACGACUCAUCCAACUACGCCUAGUACCACACCUACUAAACCCACCACUCCUAAGCCAACCACACCUAAAACCACAACACCUACGCCGACCCAAGAAGACAUUCCAAUCCCUCCCCCUGCUGAUCUCAAUGACAUCGAGGGUAUUGAAGGCAUUAUGGGCGAGGAAGGCAGUAAACACCGCAAGCACAGGGACCCCGUCUGCAAAGCAGGAACCAUAACAGACGACAUGACGUUGUUACAGGGAAAAAGAGCGGGAAACUUUACCAAGAUCGGAGAUGUAGGAGACUUUGAACUGUGCAUCAAACGGUGCUGUCAAUCAAAGUCAUGUGACUUGGCAUACAAGUCUGGAGAGAGUUGUUACCUGGUUCAUUGCCACAGUAAAGACUCUUGUCAGGUUACUCCAGCCUUGAUCAAAAGAUACAGUCCUAACAUGUGCUUCGUGAGACGGUCAUUUGACGAGGAGGCGGAAGAACAGUCUGAUGGUAUCAGAGAAGUAUGUAAAGCUGAAAGAGCAUUGGGUAUUGACUGGAAGAAGACAUCAGCUGGUCACUACUCGAAGGUACCAUGUCCUCGUGAGGCUAAAGGUAAAGCGAGGAGGAGAUGUGGAGCAGACUCACGAUGGCAUACACCAGAAUUCAGCGAUUGCGUGACUAGUGAUUAUUUGAAGAUUUACGAGAAGUCUCGCAAACUAGCAGGAGCAGACCCUGGUGCUGAUUCAAGUCCUCUUAUACGAGAGCUGUCACAACUAACCACACAGACUCUGGACAACUCAUUGAUAUUUGGAGGAGAUUUGAUCAAAUCCACUGAGGCGCUGUCUUCAGUUGUACAGCACAAUGGAAGGAACGACUUGCUUGACAUGAAUAGGGACGAUAUGCAGAAUUUUGUAACGACUAGUAGUAAUCUCUUGGACUUGACCAACAGACAGGAAUGGGUCAAUGUACAGAAGAAAAAACCAGGUUCAGCAGACAUACUGCGAUCAAUGGAGAUGUUUGCAUUACAGGCAGCAAUAAGACUUCCCCGAGAAGACAUCAAGAAACCCUUCAUUACUAAUAAUAUAGUUAUGAAUCUGGACCGUCGUUCAGCGAGAAGUGGUCGCCUCAUAUUCCCUGACUAUUCUGAUAGUGACAUCAGCAAAUGGGACGUCAGACAUGACGUCAUUUCUAUUCCAUCCUCAGUCUUCAAGAGAGGUGAAGUAAGUGCGGCCAGUAUCAGCUUCAAGAGUCUACCUUACCUGUUACCAGAUGCUAAUUUCAGUAGAGGCCUGGGACCCAACUCCAAGAUUCUUUCAACGAUUCUUCAUCCUGCUCCGCCUGACGAAAUCUCUCCUCCCGUCACGAUUAUUCUCAGUCAUAUCAAGCCAAAACGAGCGAACCCCAAAUGUGUGUUCUGGGAUUACACAAUUAAUCCUCACAGGGGAGGGGGUUGGUCGUCUCGUGGUUGUUCUUUGGCAUCCAGUAAUGAUACUCAUUCAGUUUGUCAAUGCAGCCAUUUGUCAAACUUUGCUUUACUUGCGGAUUUAUCGGACGAUGAGAUUUCCGCCAAAGAACAAAAGAGAGAACGCACUAUGGCACUAAUGUGGAUUGGGAUCCCUGUGUUGGUGGUUGGUGUUAUUGGUGCCUUGUACAUGUCAUUCAGCUGGACUGGCAAAUCCCAGAUGACGUCAAGACAGAUCGAUGAGAAGACAGGAUUACUGGGUCAACGUGUUGUCACUAGUCAAGUACGUGAAGAUUUCCCUGCAUCACCAAGCCGCAAUCUUCAUCGAGCAUUAUCACCGGCAUACACCCCAUUACCGCCCGGUGAUCUGGAAUGGCAGGACGAGUUCAGACAUGAGCUGGGAAUCUCGCAAGGGGACAAGUUUGCAAAGGAACUUUAUCUACCUCAGCUGGACAAGCUCAAGACGCAUCUCUCCAAGGAAUAUCCCAAGAAAUUCAACUCUGUCCCCAAAAGCUCCAUGUUUACUCGCAUCCACAGCGAUCACCAGAAUUCAUCUUCUCCUCUAUCACCGCCAUCACCAACUUCGUCUUCGUUUUCCUGGGAUUCUGGUUAUAUGUCAGCAUCGUCAGCAUCUUUGGUGUCUUCUAUGGAAUCAGCAUUACCUUAUUCUCCUGUGUCAUCGCCAUUAUUAUCAUCAUCAUUCCGGGAUGCAAUGUUGCUUGGUUCAGAAAGCGAAACUGGAAAGGAUCUAACAAUAACGAUAUCGGAACUAUCCUCUUCUUCAUUCCAAGUGCCCUCAUUAUCACUGUCUUUAUCUUCAUUGUCAUCAUCAUUAAACGAAUUACCAAGGGAGACACUGAUAGCACAAGACAUUUCAACAUCAGCUGCUCUUUCAUCAUCAGCUUCAUUUGAAACAUUGGGAAAUAUUUCCUCGUCUUCGCUGGGAUUAGAUACUUUUGGAAUGUGUUUAAGGUAUUCACAAUCAAAUGAACGUUUACAAAGUGGCGUGAGCUCUUCAGUUGUGCGUCACAAUAACGUUACUUCGCUAUCAAGAGAAACUGAACCACUACGAACAGCAAUACAAGAUAGUUUACCUGCAAUGGAUGAUACAUUAGAGCCAUGGACAUUAUGGGAACAAUCUAAUAAUUCUGACUCUACAUCGUGGUCACCAACAACACCAUCACAAUCACCACUACCGUCAUCAUCAUCAUCCUCAAUAUCGUCAUCAUCAUCGUCAUCAUCAUCAUCAUCAUCAUUUUCCUCAUCAUCUUCAGCAGGAGCAGCACAUUUGCUAACAUCCUCAUAUUCGUCUUCAUCGGCAUCGUCAUCAUCGUCAUCAUUAUCGUCAUCAUCAUCAUCAAUAUCGUCAUCGUCAUCUUCAACAUCGUCAUCAUUAUCAUCACCAUUAUUAGUAUCUCCAAUUCCGUCACUAUCGUCACAACUAAGUAUAAACUCUUCGUCAAACGGUGAAUACGGCCUGCAAGCUGCACGCAAUACUCGAGUAAGAUUUGCAGAUGAGCCGUUACUAUGGCAAUAUGAAGACGAGGAACACGAGCUGAGAAUCAAAACACUAGAAAAAAGGGUAUUUUCCCAAAGACUCACGCGCAGUACGGGAAUAAGUAAACUAAACAUGGCUGAUACAGACUGACAACGUGGUGUCUCCAGGGUCUGAUUCACGAUGUAUGGUGUACAAUAAGAACAACUCUCCAAAAGAAGAAAAUUUAAGAAAUAAUCUAAUUUUCUAAUUUCUAAAUAUUAUAUACAAAAGUGAUAACUGCCACUUCGAAUUCAACUCUCCAGAACGAAUUUAAACCAGAGCCAUAGACAGGAAGUGGCUUUGAUCCAUCCUUCCUUCCAAUAGGCCAUUACAUGAUGCAAUCAUUCCACCACCAAUAAUGGACUACUUCGACGAUGUCGACCUUCAAAUGUUAUCCAUAGAUUAAAAUCAAACAACCUUAUUUGGCUGAUCAAAGCUUGGGCAAAGUUAACUCACAACUGGAAUAGUACGUUUGCAUGAUCCUAUCCUAUYCUCAUGAGGGAAUACAAAUUUAAAUAAGAAAGAAAUUUCGCGAAGCAUCUUGGUAGUGGGAGUCAUAUGAUGCCAUCAUGUCAUAAAAUUAAACGUUUUUAACGAUGAGAGGAGAGCCGUAUAUCCUAUCUAACUAUAGCAAAAACAAUGCAGAGAACUAACCAACUCUCUUGAAAAUAUGUGAUGCAAGACUAGGAUUCGACCCUAAAAAAAAUAAAAGAGGCGUUCGAAUGCACUACCACUACACCAGUACUCUACCCAAAAUCAAAUAUUCUGUCAAUUUAGAAUGAUGUAACAUAUCUCUCAUGAAAAUAUGUAAAAAGUUCAUUAAACAUUUCAAGGUUAUUAAAAACACUUUUUUAAGAAAAA